AUACUAAGUGGAUAAUCAUGUCAUACUUGGCACCAACCUAUACAAUUGGAGGGCAAGGAGGAAGUGAAUUUUAUUUUGAUGGUAUUACAAAUGGAGCCACACUAAAACAGAUCUGGGUGUGGGCCGGUGGCUGGCAGAUAAAAGCCAUCAAGGUUUGGCUAACUGAUGGCCGGUCCAUGCAGUUUGGUGAACCUGGAGGGAUGCUUUCACAGUUUGAAUUCCAAGAUGGAGAACAUUUCUCCUCCCUUUCACUUUGGGGAAAUGGAGCUGGAUCACGUCUGGGUGCCAUCAAAAUCAAGACAAAUAAGUCCAGAGAGUUCUUUCCAAAAAUGACAGACUGGGGGCUGAAAACAGAAUAUCCAAUUGAUGUGGGUUCUGGGAUCUGCAUGGGAAUCGGUGGUCGUGCUGGUGCAGAUAUUGAUUGCCUAUGCUUUAAAUUCAUCAACACCAUCAAGUCUACCAAGCUAACAAAUGUUUAUUAUCCCACACUUCACAGUUUGUUACCUAAUGUGGCUGUUGAGGAAAUCAAAUCCAUGACGUAUCAUAAUAAUACUACUGAAGCUCAAGAAUAUAAAAUUGAAAGCUCCAAAACAAUCACCAAAAAGUCAUCCUGGUCUGUUACCAACAAGCUGGAAACCUCAUUUAAUAUGGAAGUGAAGGCAGGAGUUCCAGGGCUUGUGGAAAUUUCAGCUGGAUUCAGUCUCACAGUGGGAACCGAGAGCUCGUAUGGUUUAGAGAACACUGAGGAGAAAACUGAGCUGUUCUCAUUUCCUGUUAAAGUUCCUCCAGGGAAAACCAUAGAUGUGGACAUCACGAUUGGCCGAGCUUCAUUUGAUCUCCCCUACACUGGAACAGUCCAGGUUACCUGCUACAAUGGCAGUGUGCUGGAGUUUAAAACCAGUGGAACCUACAAAGGUGUCACUUACACUGAUGCAAAAAUUACAGUGAUAGAAUCAGAAAAAAACAUGUAAAUUCUGUAUCAUCUGAAAGAGCUUGGCACAGAUACAAAUCUUUAGAUUAGCAAAUGAAUAGAACAAAUCUCAGUAUUUUGUAAAGAUAUGGUAGGAUUGUAGCUGCAACCUACUUCAUUUAGAAAAGCCUAAAGCUAGUCCAUGGAGAUCUUGUUCAUAAGUAUAACAACAGAUAAUUCAUAUUAAUACACAACUAUUAUGUAUAAGACAUGUAAUACAUUUAAUUUUAAAGAAGCCAAGUACCAAAGUACCUUACUAAGGUACUUAAUUCCAAGGUACAUAUGAUAAGAUAAGGAUAAACCGCAAGAUGUGAUCUACUAUAAAUAUAAUAAACAUUAUUUUGAUCAAUCAAACCAAAGAACUGAUAUCAGCUACAGUAUGUAUCACUCUAACUAACUAACUAACUA